GCCAACAAUACCCGCUAUGUCUAGAAAUGUGUCGCCAGGAGCUAACCGACCCCAAUCGUAAUCCCCAUAAUGUACCGCAUUGUGGUCUCGUAGCGGUUGUCCAACAACAACAACAACCCUCGGAUCGGAUAAUUGGCGGCCAAAAUGCCGGCCGACACUCGCAUCCGUGGACAGUAUCGUUUCACGAUAGCUAUGCCGACCAUAGACCCGAUGUACCCAAUGAACGGGAUCUACACUUUUGCACCGGUACUAUCAUUAACGACCGAUUUAUUUUGACGGCUGCACACUGUUUUGACCGCAACCCGAACCGUAAGUUUCGGAUAAUGGUCGGCUCCAAUAUGCUUAUGUAUAACAAUCCGGAAACAGCAGUCUAUACGGCCGAAUCUCAUCAGAUAACCGGUACCACCGAAACCCGUUAUUGGAUACAUAUGCACCAACAGUUUGACCCGCGUUGGUCACACUGGGACAUAGCACUGGUCAAAUUGGACCGACCGCUAGUGUUUAAUAUAUCCCAGGAGGACAAACAGUUUGUAGUCAACGCGGCAUGUUUGCCCGGACCCGAUAACUAUCGGCCCCGUGAGCAUAUAACAUUGGCUGCUUGGGGAUUGACCGAUCGCCUGGAUCCGGGAUCGACACCAUUUUAUUUGCAAGAAAUCCAAUCGUUGGUCAUUACGGACGACAUGUGCCGCCAGAUUGAAGACCAAACCAAAGCUAUCGAAGCGUUGGCCGCAUCGGUUCAGCCGUCAAAACGACAACAACAACAGCUGCCGACUACCGGUGCCGAUACCACCACUCCUCGAUAUAAAUUUCAUCCGGACUCCCAGUUCUGUGCCCUAUCCAGUCAGGCACCGGGUGUGGCCGGUAUGGCCGGUGUUGUAUACGAUCCGGCAACCUAUCGGGGCCCCUAUCGUGGCGAUUCGGGUGGCGGUUAUAUUGAGUAUCAACAAAUUGCUAAUAAUGCUAAUAAUAAUAGGCGGGCCGUACUGUGCGGUAUAGUUAGCGGCGGCGAUGCCGACCUAAUCAAUCCAAGCGUACGGCUGACUCAAGUAUCAAAAUUCAAUCAAUGGUUAACCGAAUCAAUGAAAUUGGAUAUACAUUCAGUACAUAAUGUAAUUGAUAUUAGAAAUUAA